GACAGGUAGUGUAAUCUAACCUAACCUAAUCGAAAAAUUUUUACAUAUUUGUUCUUCAGAUAGAUUUAUAUAUAUACUGUAAUACUUCUAUUUCAAAAUGUCCAAAAUAUUCACACCAACCAAUCAAAUUCGACUAACUAAUGUAGCGGUUGUAAGAAUAAAAAAAGCAGGUAAACGUUUCGAAAUUGCAUGUUACAAAAACAAAGUAGUGGCCUGGAGAACUGAGAAAGAAAAAAAUAUUGAUGAAGUCUUACAAACACAUUCCAUUUUUACCAAUGUUUCAAAAGGACAAGUAGCAAAAAAAGAAGAUCUUAUCAAAGCUUUUGGGACUGACAAUGCAACAGACAUAUGUAAACAAAUACUGGCAAAAGGAGAACUCCAAGUAUCAGAUAAAGAAAGACAAAAUCAGUUAGACGUAGUUUUCAAAGAAAUUGUUUCUAUAGUGUGUGAUAAAUGUUUGGAUCCUAAUUUGAAACGACCAUAUCCUUCAACAAUGAUCGAAAAGGCAAUUAAAGAUUUACAUUAUUCUGUGAAAUUAACACAAUCACCUAAACAGCAGGCCUUACAAGUCAUAAAAAUGUUGAAAGAAACAAUACCAAUCGAGAGAGCUAAAAUGAGAAUAAGUCUCACAUUACAGGGCAAGACAGCAAAAAAAUUAAGAGAUCGUAUUGUUAAUAUCGACUCUCUUGAGUUGGAAAAAGAAGAGAAAGAUGGGGAUGGUAUCAUCAUCAUUGCUGUUAUAGAUCCUGGACAACAUAGAAAAUUAGAAGAAUUGUUAAAUGCUGAAGCAAAAGGAACUCCUAUUGUAAUUUUGAACCAUAAACAAAUGGUUGGAGAGAUUGAUUAUUAGUUAUUUAUUGUGAAAUCAAUUUUUCAAUAAAAUAUUGUUGAUUUAA